CCUCCUUUCACGCAAAGCCACUGCACCGUCCCUCGCCGUUGCGUUGCAACAAGUCGCAAUUGGUUGGAACAUCACCGCUCCUGUCCGUCGCGUUUGCUCCGACGACUCCCGUGAGGAACCCUCUUCUUCCUCCCCCGCUCUGGCAGCAGCACGGAGAGUAUCAGAAGUACUGGCACGUAGGAAAGACAGCAGCACUAUGUCAUCGAACCACGCAAAGCGCACCUACGAGCCUGGCGAGAUGGGGAGAGGGCUGAUCGAGACGGUGCUCACUCUGCCGCGCCGGUUGGUGCGAACGUCCCACCUAGAAGACAUGACCGACGAGGAGAAAGCCUUUGCCUGCCUCAGCAGCGAGGUCUACAAGAAGCCGGGCAACGACGACGACAACGACAACAACAACCCAGCAAGCGACGAGCAUCGCGGGGCACGCUGCGGAUACACCCUCCUGCGGGGCGAGAUACCCGCCGCAGCAGGCGACGAUGGGCCCGCCGCGAGCUUGAACGACACGCGCUGGGCCGUGUUCCGCGCGCCCAACCAGGUCGACUAUGUCCUCGCCUUCAGAGGCACGGCGGACAGGCGGGACGCCUUGAACGACGUGCUACUCGUCCACGGGGAUUUCGACCAGCACAAGUACAUGCUGAACGCCACAGUGUGGGCGCUGCGUGUGAUACUGUUCUUGUCAAAACAACACGACAACGGCGGCGGCGGCGGCGGCGGCGGCGGCGGCGGCGGUGGCCUCAGGUUUUCGGUGACGGGUCAUUCGCUCGGUGGCACCGUGGCGAUGGGAGUAAUGGUCCUGCUCCACGACAUCCCUACCACCGCCAGGCGUCGUCCGAACGACACGAGGUACCAGCAGCAAGUCUUGGGCGCUUGGAACGCGGAAAGGGCCAAUUGGAGCGGGGCGGCCGCGCCAUACGAGCUUGUCGGCGGACACAUUUUCAAUCCCGGCGCCUGGCCCGGUCUAGUCGGUCCCGUUGCGGGAGGAUCGGCGGUGGCCGGUUUCUGGCUCACCGGUGGGUUUGCGGUGGCUGGUGCCGCGGCCACCGCUGCGAUGUGCGCCGUCACCGUUGGCUCUGGAUGCGUCCUGGCGAUAUACCUCUACCGUAGCCACACCGAGCGUUUGUCCGAUCCCGUGGACAAGCGGGUGACGACGCAUCAUAUCAUCGGAGACGUAGUCUCGGGGUUCUUUCGCCUGGGCACGGAGAAGAAUUACAUGCCCAAGGACAAGAGGGCUCGUCGGUUGGCGACGGCUUGUUCGCCGGGGAAGAUUGGCAAGGAGUGGGGGUGCCACAGCAUCGCCAACUUCCUCUUCCCGGACAGGGCGGAAACGUUACCGGCGGCGGCUUACUUGGAGCAGAAGGAAAGCCAGCAGUUGCAGCAAGCGCUCCUUCUUAGCAAGGGCUCUAACGUCGCCGGGAAGGGAUCAGCAGCAGCAGCAGCACCGGAGGGGGCGGCAGGGGCAUGGGCAGCAACCAACUACGGGGACUACGACGAAGAGGAGAUACGGGAGGCCCUUCGACGUAGCGUCGCCGAAAGCGAUGGGGGAGCCUGGGAAGAGGAGUCGUGGGAGGAGUUUGCAGACAUGAUGGCUGGUAGCAUGUUGACCAACGAAGAUCAGGAGGUAUGUGCGGCCAUUCGUCGCAGCGUUGCCGACACGGCGGCUGCAGAGAUUGCAGAUAUGAUGGCUGAUAGCAUGUUGGCCAACGAAGAUAAGAACGUAUGGGAGGCCGUCUGUCGCAGCGUUGCCGACAUGGUACCUGAGACGAGGAGAGCCGCGGAAGAGGAGGUGUGGGAGGAGUUUGCAAACAUGGCGGCUAGUACGUUGACCUGUGAAGACCUGGAGACACUGGAGGCACUUCGUCGCAGCGUCGCUGACACGGCCGUUACUUCGAGGCAUGCCGGGGAAGAAGAGGUUUGGGACGAGUUCGCAGAUAUGGCGACAGCAAGUACUAUUUUGUCCCGCGCAGAUAGUCUGGAACUAAACAGAAGUAGAAUGAGAGCACCGCGACGGGGUAGUUGAACGAAACGGGGUGACGCCCAGUUGUGCCGACAAAGGAAAGACGAAGACAGAUUCAGCUUUGAGGAAGAAUUCGGGCACUGCUGCUGCGGCUCUGGAUACCUCAGCCUCAGCAUCGAAUCUCAGCGUUCCCACACCCGCACACCGCUCGUAGCUCUCUACGACGUUACCUUUCAAGUAAGUCGCGACACCUCGAAAGGGAAGAAACGAAGAACACAUUCUUGAGCGCCCGUCGUGUUUGCUGAUUCGUCUUGCUUGUGCAAAGGUUCGUGGAACUUGUCAUCUUCGUUGGAAUGGGGGAGUGAGGAGGUAGAUUGCAUGUGAAAGUGGGGGUGCAGAUGUAGACCGAAUGAUGCUUGCGUAGUAUGUGUGGAAAGAGGGCCCCCGUGACCGUCGUUCUGUGCGAGAACAACGGGAGUUUUUAGUGUGCAAUGCCGGGCCUCGCGUGUCGAAUGGGGGUGAUGGGCUCCUUUUCCUGUGAUACGUUGUCUACAAUAUUGUCCGAGAGACAGACAUCGUUUGCGUUUUUUGACAUCCUGGGGCCUUUGUGUGUUUCUUGUUUUUCUAGUUGUAUUAUUGCGCUGAUUUUCUAAGUCGAUGGUAUAUAUUUUCUUUGAUUUUCAUAAGAAGGGUGUCUACCCUCUGUUGGGAUAGCUGGUUGUAUUUGUCGUUUUGGUGUUAACUACAGAAAGAGAUGCUGUCCGCGUCCGUUGAACCGCUAAUGUCAGAAGUUGCUUGGCAGAAACCGGACGUUUGUGAGUGUGAAGGCGGCAACAAGAACAAGAACAACAAGAACAACAACACCGCUCUCCCACUUAUUGUCGUACUUUUUCGGUUCAAGACCUGUAGCAUGAUGCUGUGUAUACCGCCGUCUUCUUUUAUUACGAACCGUUCCCCUGGAUUGUCGCGAAACCAACGCACCAGCGCAAGCAGGCAACUAUUCCGGGUGUUGCUGUAGUCCAGAUGGGUCGGUCCGGGCGAAG